AAAUUCAAAAUACUAAAUAUUUACCUCACUUUUUUCGCCACAGAGAAUUUCAUGGCGGCAGAGACAAUCGAGGUAACAGAGGAAGUAAGUCUGGAGUGUGGCCUGUCACUCGUUCCGAGGCUGAAACUCCUCCUCUCCUUCACGCGCUCAGAUAUCUCCUCCACAAAAGCCAUCGACGAAUGGCAGCUCAAGAUGUCUCUCCUAAAUUAUCUCCGCGAAACGCUUUCCAUCACUCUGUCAGACGAGCAUUUGGUGGUCGAAAAAUUCAGGGACCUCAAGAAGAGGAAGAGAGUCGAACCUGUGGCCUCAGGGACGCUCUUUCUGUGGGACUUGUCGUCCGUGAAGAGAGAAAUGAGGGAGGACAGGAGGAGCUUGCAAGAGAGGUAUGACGAAUUGACGAGGUUUGUGGUCGGGAAAAUGGAUGGCUUCGAAUUGAACGUGGAGGGCUUGACAUUUAAGGUCUCCGCGGGGUUGCCUGGGGAGGAUGAUUUCUGUCAAAUGGAAGCCGCGUGGAAAGAUUUCUUUGCCGCCAGAGGUCGAGGGUAUGGUUCAAGGAAUAUGCUACAACCAGAUACCCUUAUAUUGGAAGGUGUUCCAUCUCGGUGGUUUGCAGAGCCUAGGGUGUCGUCAAAAGUUUCUGUCCUUGUUACACACACCAUUUUUUCAAAAUUUGGCAAGAUCAGGAACCUUGAUUUUGUUGGAAACAAUGAUUUGGGUAAAGCUGUGCAAGACAUAGGCAGGGAUAUCACAUCUGCAUUGCACUGCAAAGUUUGGGUUCAAUAUGAGAGAUACAGCAGUUUUUUCAAUGCUGUCAAAGCUUUUUGUGGUCGAUCAAUGCAAAAAGAAGGUUCUAGACUCAAGGCAAACUAUCGAAUUGAUUGGGAUAAAGAGGGAUAUUUCAUGGAAAUAAACGUUAGGAGGAGAGUUCAUGAGAAUAAAAUACAAGCAGACAUGGAACACAGGCAACUCAUAGGUAGGCCAUUUCAAAGUGAUCUCAUGGUUCCCAAGGCCCAGUUCCCAAUUAGUGGCAGGCAUGGUCAAAAUAGUGAAAAUUUCACAUCAAGAGGUAAAAGGAGGAAUCAAGAGGCAUGGCAAUUCCAAGACACAAAUGACCGACAAUAAAAUGUUGGAAGGGGCUAACAAUUUGAAGACUAGUGGAGUUGAGUUUGAGGAACGAAGAAAAUGGCACUUAAUUAGAGGACAAAGGCAUGGUCGGGGGCUCAGGCAAGUGAACCAAAUUAUUAUCUUUCUCAAAGCAGCAUUUUCUUCAUAGAUAUUAUUUUUAUUGGAUAAAAAAUGUCUUGUAAAUGCAAGCUUCAAUGAAUUGUUACAAGGAGCAGCAGCAAACGAGCAAAUGAAGAGCUGAAGGUGGGCUGUAAUAUUAUGAACAUGAUUUUCAAAUGCCGUGAAGUUAUUUAUUACAUGGAUCAACCAUUUUUUUUAUCUCACAUCUCCUGAUCAACAAAUGCUUGUUUAAAAAGUAUAGCUACCAAGAUACUCCAUUGUAGGGACAUGGACUGUUUACCCGUCCCUAUACCCACAAACAAUGGUGACUAUAGUUAUAUAUAACAGAGCCAUCUCCUUGUAAAUU